AUGGCUGACAGGGGUAUGUUAAGUGAUAAUUUUACUGUCAAUAUUCCUCUUCAAUCUAAUGACGAGACCGAAACAAAAUUAGAUACAGAUUCACCUCCUCCUUAUGAACAUCCACAACUUGAUUUUAAUGGUGGAUGGAAAGAUCGUGGUUUUGCUAUCGUCGUCUGGAUUCAUACGGUUGCUGUCACAUUAGUGGGCUUAAUCUCAGGAGUACCAGUUUUAAUUUCAUUAAUGACGGAUAUUAAAUUUUACGAACUGGAACAAGUAUCAGCUAAGUUUGACUUUAAACCUUUCAUUUAUGGAUUAAGUGCUGCAGUAGGUGUUGGCGGAUUAGCCUCUUUACUUAUAUUUUCUCUCUUACAAGCAUGCGCCAGUCAACUCAUAAAAUUCUCAUUUUUAGUGAUUAUAAUGAUGCAAAUUAUUCUAGGAGUAAUUCUUUUCUUUAUACUUUGGCCAUUAUGUUUUAUACCUAUUUUUUUUCUAUUAAUCAUAUUGAUUUAUUUAUCUUGUGUUCGAAAGCGAAUCUCCUUUGCCGAAGCUCAUUUACAAGCCGGCUGUGCUUCUUUUCAAAAUCGUCCAUCAUUGAUAUUAAUAGCAUUGGUCAUGCUUAUUGUCGAAUUCUUAUGGUUUGUCUUCUGGUUUCUAACGGCACUGGGAGUUCAACAAACUUUAUUUAAUUCUACGUCAUUUAUGAAUUUUAAUACGAACGGUAGGGUAAACAGUACAACAAAAUUGGAUAUGACCAGCACAAAACCUCUAUGGAUAAAAACAACUAAUUCUGGUUUUGAUGGGCAAAAUAAACUAGUCAAUAGUACACCAUUUUGGAUGAAAGAAAAACAAACAACUAAAACUAUGAAUAUUUAUUCAAUUAAUCAACAAAGCAAAUAUAACAAUACACAACAAGAUUCAACUAAUUCUACACAAGAAUGGUAUAGNCUUCUGAAAUAG